UUCUUGUCCUGCUUCAGGCAUAUAUAUUGUGACUUUCUUCUCUGUGUAACUUUUCUUAUUUAUUUCAGAAAUGAGGGUUCAUUAACAUCAACUUUAAGAACACUUCUAUUCUUCACAGCUCUAAUGAUCACAUUACCUGUUGGGCUAUAUUUUUCAUCAAAGGCUUAUAUAUUUGAAGGUACCUUAGGAAUGUCUGACAGAGACAGCUAUUUUUAUGCUGCCAUAGUUGCUGUAGUUACUGUUCAUGUGGUACUUGCUCUCUUUGUAUAUGUGGCGUGGAAUGAAGGUUCUCGACAGUGGCGGGAAGGCAAACAGGACUAGAAUGAAGAUCAUCAUCAUCUGAUGCCUACAGACUGUAAAUCAAUUUUUUGUGAGCUGAAGGAAAAGCAUUCUUCAAAAUGUAUAAUACACAUGUACAAAGAUGAGGCUAAUGCCUCAAAUCUGGUCAGAAUAAGACUUAUGCUCAUCUUGAAUGCGUACCAGUGUUUUCUCUCAUGUUGAUGGAAGUUAGCCUGCCUCUACUAGGUCGAACUGAGGAGGUCUUCACCUGGACGUAGAAUGAAAUAAUUACAUAUUUUUUUAAAAAAUCCUGUAGCUGUUUUUGCCAUUCCUAGCAUUUUUCUGGCCUGCUCUGAAAAUAAUAUUGGCGUGAAACAAGCAUUAUAUUUUCGAGUAAUUCAAUUGCUAGUUAAAAAAGCUACAUUACUCACUAUCCAACUACAGUGGAAAAGAUGGGAUUUCACUUUGCUGUGGAUAGUUUCCCAGUUAUGGGUGUUGUGGUUUAACCCCAG